CUCUUGGACCCUCAUCGCCUGCAGCCAUGGGGAGCCCUCAGGAUUUCCGGAGCCUGCAGGCCAAGUUUCAGGCCACUCAACCCGAGACCAGCGGCCUCCCCAGAAAAUCCUCAAAGCCAGAGAUCAACAAGCUCCUUAAGAAGUUUCCACCCACUGAUCUCAGCGAGCACCCUCCGAAGCCCGAGUUCAGUGUGGGGCCCAGGAAGCCCCCGCAGCCCGAGUUCCCUGCCCUCCCAAAGAAACCCUCGCAGCCUGAGUUCCCUGAGCCCCCCAGGAAGCCCCCGCAGCCCGAGUUCCCUGCCCUCCCAAAGAAGCCCUCGCAGCCUGAGUUCCCUGAGCCCCCCAGGAAGCCCCCGCAGCCCGAGUUCCCUGCCCUCCCAAAGAAGCCCUCACAGCCUGAGUUCCCUGAGUCCCCCAGGAAGCCCCCGCAGCCUGAGUUCCCUGCCUCCCCAAAGAAGCCCCCGCAGCCUGAGUUCCCUGCCUCCCCAAAGAAGCCCCCGCAGCCCGAGUUCCCUGCCUCCCCAAAGAAGCCCCCGCAGCCCGAGUUCCCUACCCUCCCAAAGAAGCCCUCGCAGCCUGAGUUCCCUGAGCCCCCCAGGAAGCCCCCGCAGCCUGAGUUCCCUGCCUCCCCAAAGAAGCCCCCGCAGCCCGAGUUCCCUGCCCUCCCAAAGAAGCCCUCGCAGCCUGAGUUCCCUGAGCCCCCCAGGAAGCUCCCGCAGCCUGAGUUCCCUGCUCUUGCAAAGAAGCUCCCACAGCCUGAGUUCUCUGACGCCCCUAGGAAGUCCCCGCAGCCUGCCACCCCCAGGAAGCUGUCACAACCUGAGUUCACCGAUAGCCCCAGGAAGUCCCCCCAGUCUGAGUUCCCGGAGAUAGAGCCCCCGACACCUGAGAUGUGGGAACUCUCCAAGCAGUUUGAGAAGCCCCUCCAAUCCCCCAGGAAGGCCCCCCAGCAGCCCGGUCUGGGGCCCACUGUGGGCACCAGGAAGCAGCUGAUGUCGGAGUCCAUGGAAGCCGCCCCCUGGGCCGAGGCUGGCGCACCCCCCCGAAAGUCCUCACAGUCAGCCGUCAGCUACCCCCCACCCCACACCCCGAAGCCCCCGCAGCCCGAGAGAGGCGCCCACCCCCAGAAGCCCCCGCUGACACGGGAGGGUCACCUACCCAGGACCACGUCGGAGCCCCUGGUGGGCGGCGCGCUCCCUAAAAGGCCACAGCAGCCGCCGUUCCAGGCCGUUCCCAGGACACCCCCUGAGCUGGCGGCCGGCAGCCUCCCCAGGACCGUUUCGGAACCCGAGUUCCAGCUGCUCCGGGGAAAGCCGCCACAACUUCAGCCCCAGGCUAGGCCGCAGAAGCAUCCCCCCGCCGAGUACCCCAGAAAGCCCCGGCUCCCUACUUCCGUGUCUGAGAGCUCGCUGCCCUCAGUCACGGGGGGCUCAGGCCCCCAAUUCCCACUGGGCCUCGGUGCAGGUCGGCUGAGACCGGGGGCUCUCGCGGCCAGGGGCUCACAGCUGUGCCUCCCGGGCAGCGCCCCACCCCGGCGGAGGCCUCUGCCGUCCAUUAGCAGCCUGGGGCCCCCACCUGUCAAACCCCCGCUGCCCCCGGGCCCCAGGAACAUCCAGAGUUACCGGAGCCUCAUGGGGGCCGCCUCAGCUGUGCGGAGGACUCGCUCGGCCGCUGGGACCCUCUGCCAGGCCCGGCCGCCUAGACAGCCCCGUCCGGACACGGAUGACAUCUACGAGCUAUACGAUGACGUGGAGCCCCAGGAGGACCCCAGCCCCAGGCCCAAGGCUGCAGAGAAAACGUCAUUCACGGAGCAACUGCCCAGGAGGCCACCGCCGGAACCAGAGCUCAGGAAGGAGAAGGUGCAGCCUCCGCCACUGCCCCCGGCAGACCAGAAGUCCCUGAAGCAGAUGAGGAAGGCGGAGAAGGCAGAGCGCGAGUUCCGGAAGAAGUUCAAGUUUGAGGGGGAGAUCGUGAUCCAAACGAGGAUGAUGAUCGACCCCAACGCCAAGACGCGGCGAGGGGGCGGCAAGCACCUAGGAAUCCGGCGCGGGGAGAUCCUGGAGGUGAUCGAAUUCACCAGCAAGGACGAGAUGCUUUGUCGGGACGCCAAGGGCAAGUAUGGCUACGUGCCCAGGACUGCACUCCUGCCCCUAGAGACGGAGGUCUACGACGACGUUGGCUUCUGGGAUCCGAUGGAGAACCAACCCAUACCACGGGGACGAUAAGCCACCCGCGCAGUCGCCCAGGGUCCAUGACGUCGCAGAAGCCCCCAGGUCUGGCCACCAACACAACCCACCCCCAAAAGGCUUCUCUUGAC